UUACUGUGGAACUACAAACUGAACCUGACUACUGAUCCAAAGUUUGAGUCCGUUGCAGUGGAGGUCUGCAAGACGACAAUUUCUGAGAUUAAAGAAUGUGCCACGGAGCCACUGGGAAAAGGCCUCCUGGUGUCCUGUCUGGUGGAUCACCGUGGCAACAUAACCGACUACCAGUGCAACCAGUACAUCACCAAGAUGACCAGCAUCGUCUUUAGCGACUACAGACUGAUCUGUGGUUUUUUGGACAAGUGUCUGGUGGACAUCAACGCCCUGCACUGUGGCAGCAUCAGCACCGGAGACAAGGACAUCCACUCUCAGGGGGAAGUGAUUGCCUGUCUGGAGAAAGGUUUGGUGCGAGAGGCCGAGGAACAGCCGGGUGCACACCACAUCAAGGAGAACUGUAAGAAGGCCAUCAUGAGAGUGGCAGAACUCUCCUCUGAUGACUUCCACCUGGACCGGUACCUGUACUUCGCCUGCAGAGAUGACCGCGAGCGCUUCUGUGAAAAUACACUGGCUGGGGAGGGCAGAGUCUACAAAUGUCUCUUUAAUCACAAGUUUGAGGAGGCUAUGUCUGAAAGGUGCCGUGAGGCGCUGACCACCAGGCAGAAGCUGAUCGCUCAGGACUACAAAGUCAGCUACUCGCUGGCCAAAGCCUGCAAGUCGGACCUGAGGAAGUACCGCUGCAGCGUGGACUCCAACAUGCCGCGGGCCCGGGAGGCCCGUCUGUCCUACCUGCUGCUGUGCCUGGAGUCCGCUGUGCACCGAGGGCGCAUAGUCAGCGGCGAGUGUCAGGGCGAGAUGAUGGACUACCGGCGGAUGCUGAUGGAGGACUUCUCCCUGAGUCCGGAGAUCGUGCUGAACUGUCGCAGUGAGAUCGAGGGCCAUUGCUCCGGUCUGCACCGCAAAGGCCGGACCCUGCACUGCCUCAUGAGGGUCGGGCGAGGAGACAUGGGGGCCAUCGAGCCCAACUGUCAGAAGGCCCUCCAAGCAUUGAUCCAGGAAGCGGACCCGGGGGCGGACUAUCGCAUAGACCGCGCCCUCAACGAGGCCUGUGAGUCCGUCAUCCAGACGGCCUGCAAACACAUUCGCAACGGGGAUCCCAUGAUCUUGUCCUGCCUGAUGGAGCAUCUGUACACGGAGAAGAUGGUGGAGGACUGUGAGCACAGGCUGCUGGAGCUACAGUACUUCAUUGCCAGGGACUGGAAGCUGGACCCGAUCCUGUAUAAGAAAUGUCAGGGCGACGCCGCCCGGCUCUGCCACACCCACGGCUGGAACGAAACCAGCGAGAUGAUGCCCCCGGGGGCCAUUUUCUCCUGUCUCUAUCGCCACGCCUACCGCUCUGUGGAGCAGGGCCGGAGGCUCUCCCGGGACUGUAAAGUGGAGGUCCAGAGGAUCCUCCACCAGAGGGCGCUGGACGUGAAGCUGGACCCUGAGCUGCAGAGGCGCUGUAUGACCGACUUGGGGAAAUGGUGCAGCGAGAAAACGGAGGCCGGGCAGGAGCUGGAGUGUCUGCAGGAUCAUCUGGAGGAUCUGGUGACAGACUGCAGAGAUGUGGUCGGAAAUCUGACAGAGCUGGAGUCAGAGGUUCGAACACAUUACUUUAACCCUAUAACGCCAUAUGUAUCAGAUUUGAUACAUUAA